AUGGAACAGUUUACGUGGGAUACUUUCAUUGUGUUUGCGCUUUUGACAACUGUCAUACCGAGUACAAAGUCUAAACAGACUGAAGCUCGAGUGUAUAGAUUUACGAAAAGAGAUGUCUUCGAAAAUCCAGAGUAUUCGUCUUACACAGAAUGUGGUGUGAACACGUGCACACAAUACCAGGCAAAGUGUUUGGAAGAUGGAAAUUGUUGUUUGUGUCGAUGUACCUUUAAAUUUUCAACGUAUAAUGUGUCUGAGGCUAGAUGUGUGGCGGACGAAACUAUUUUGUCAGGUAAAAGUUAUACUGAAUACAGAUAAUAUAAUUCCAUUUUUUGCUCAAGCGAUUUAGUAUACAUGUAUGUUCUUAAGGUAGAAAGAUCAUGCACAUAGCACAUUAAUUUGACGAAUGGGUGUGAGCAAUCAAUGAACAUUAUUAUGUAUAGAAAUUUCUUCAUUGUUACUGAAAUGGCCCAUAUAUUUUUCAAUUAGCUGUUUAGAAUUAUAUUAAUUAAAUCACUGUCAAAAUAUUUUCUUGCAACCAAGAAAAUUAAUAUUAUAGCUGGCAUUACUUGGUGGAAAACUGGAAAUUGUGUGUUUUGUCAUUUGGUUGUGAAGCUAGCAUGGAAUUUUGGAACGGAAACUAUUUGCUCAUGACCUUAAUAACACGUUCUAAAUUACAAUUUCCAACCAUUUGAAUAACUGUACUAAAUAAAUUGUAAUAUGUAAUUUGAAAAAAAUAUAAGUUCGAUCUGUACAAAAAUCCUAUAGCUACAUUAUUAUGGAAUUUAAAUGGGAAUUGCGGUCAUUAAAACUAACUGCAUGGAAUGUACAUAAUGUACACAUUAAUGAUUACUUAUAGCAGAUUCAUUACACGCAAUCCAUACACAUUACACGCAAUCCUUUACCCUUUAAACUUUAACAUUUUCAAUAUAUUUUUAGCCAGUGGCAGUGCCUUUCGCUUCAUUCGCAAUGAUGAAAUUGAAACAGGCAUACCUAUGAGAACACUAAGUAAACCGAAACCCCUGGGCAAAAUUGUAAAAAUAUACAGGAACUCGAGCUCGACUCUAAAGAAAUGUAGGGUGCUGAUGAAGACGUCAUAUUAUUGGUCUGAUAGUAUGAGCGAGGAUUGGACGCCACUCUUGAAGAGGUCGUAUGGUAGACUGUUUGGAAUACGAGCUACAAAGAAUGACGUAACCCUACAGGUUAGGGCCAGUUGAUAUAUCAUAAUUUUAAGUAAUAGCUAAAUUUGGAGUGGCCAGUUUGAUGCACAAUAACUGGUAUUGUAUUUUCUGAAAUAAUAUUAACUCUAUAUUGUCUUAUAUUACUAAUCUUAUUAUGAGAUUAUAAUUAUUAAUAUUGCUGAGACAUUUAUUAUUCCCUAGCCUAUUAAGAUUUUACGAUUCAGUACAUUAAUUUUACUGUAUUGACCUCUCAACAAAUUAUUCAAAAUACAUUUUUCCAUAUAUUAUAUAAUUCAAUAUGAAACAGUAACUAUUCAUUUUAUGUUACCUAUAUUGUUCUCAAUUGACUUCCAUUAUUAAUAUUUGCUAGCUAUUUACUUCUUUCAAUUAAGAAUUAUAUAUUGACUUAAAAAAACUCAUUAAUAAUUCACGAGGAAAAUACAAAAGAAAUGAAUGUUUAAUCAAUGUUUGUAAAUCGGAUAAAGAUUUGUCCUGAUUUACAUAAAGUUCAGCUUUGAUUUUCUCGGCUUAGACAAUGUUUAUUUUUAAAAUUACUUCACCAAUGAACUCAUAAGAUGGGUAUUUUUUAAGCACACUAAAACAUUCGCAUCCGAUCUUUAUCUGAUAUACAAACUCUCGCCUUCGGUUCGAGUUUGUAUAUCAGAUAAAGAUCGGAUGCGAAUGUUUUAACUAUAUAGUACAUAUACAUAGAUCUUCGUUGGAAAUCCAAUUUUCUUACUAAUUGCAAUUUCUAUACUAUGGAUAGAGCAUGGAAAUACCAUAGAUUUAGUGAUAUAACAUAAAUAAUAAAUGAUAAAUUGCUGUUUAUUUUGUUUAUAAUUUUUUAAAAUUAUUUAAGAACUAUUGAUAACUUUUGUAUAGUGGGUCUACAGCAAUUCUACGAGAAAUUCAUGGUUUCAUGGCCGUGUUUUCCGUCUCAGUAUUCAAUGCGCAGGAAUAACUUCAACCAUCAUUUUCAAAUCAAAAAAGAAUUGUAAGUAUACAUGACAUAUCUUCCCACAUCAUCAUUUUUUCCACAUUUCAUAUGUGAAUAUAAUUAUGCCACCAUUUUACAACCUACAUAACUCACAUGCCUAGUUACCAUUGUUGUGAUAAUAUAAACAUCGGAAUGGAACAAUUAAAGGUAACCAAGCAUUUAAAGUAUAUGCUGUGCGAGCAAAUUGGGUGGCAAAGAUAAUAAACAUGUGUCAGCUACCUGAUAUAUUAUUGUAAUUUUCCGUAAAGGCUAAGCACAAAUUUUCAUCAGCAAAAAUAAUCCGAUUGAAAACGACCACGCCUUACAAUUAGUCAAGAUAUAUAAGUGGUGUUUUACAAUAGUUAUCCCACCAUGCCAACAUACAAGGGACUUAUUACAAAAACUUAUAUUGUUCUGAUUAUCUUUGUUUUUAUAGACAAUCAAAAUGAUUUCAUCGGUUGUUUAAAUCCAAGCAAGACGACAACGUCACUAAAAAACACGUUCAGCUGCAGUACAAUGACGCCAACGAUGUGUGAACGUUUUUGUCAGGGACAUGGACAUUCUGUGGCCAUGUUAAAGCAAGGAACACAAUGCCUUUGUUCAGAAUACACCCAAGUUAUGAGAUGGGAUGAAACAAAAUUUUCAUGUUCAAUACCGUGUGGUGGGGACGAGGGAACGUUUUGUGGUGGAAGAAAAACAUACUCUGCCUACAGAACAAUGCCAGGUGUGAUGUACAAACCGAUUUGACUUUUGAGAGAACCUGAUUUAGAAUGAGCGAUCACAUAUACUAACUCUUUUUCUAUAUCUUAAUCCAUGUACUGUACAGCGUGUCCCAAAAAACCCAAAACUAUUGAAAUAACGUAUUGUUAGAAUUUGAAUGCCCUAGCACUAAGCUGAACGCAAAGAUGAGUAAAAUAUUGACAGGGUGCAUAUAUUAAAUAUUGACAUAUUAAGAAAUUUAUUUAAAAAUAUCUUUGUAAAGUGCACAUUUUGUGCCCUCUUGGGAAUUUAAAGCAGCUUCUUCAACAGUUUCGGCUCAGUUAUGCAUAAAAUUUACUAUGUCAAGCUUUUAUGCGCAUGCACUUGUGGGUUCAGCAGAGUGCUGAUGCAUUCAAAUUCUAUAACAAUACGUUAUUUCAAUAAGUUUGGGGUUUUUGGGACACCCUGUAUUUACAAUAAUUUAUUCUUAAAUUUUAGAAUGGCCUGAUGAUUUCAAAUUUACCUCAAAUGGGUCAUUAAAUUCCCUGGAAUACCGCUGUACGCAAAUAAAGCAACCCAAUCCUUCAACCUCCUGGAACAAAACAUACCUAUGUGUCAAGAAAAUAGGAACGAACAUAAAACUUAGAUGGCUCUCUGAAAAACCACGAGAAAGAAUCUUGGUUAACCGACGGUGUAUUGCAAUCAACCAUGCGUCAAAUUCAUCUUUUUGGAAGGAUAAUUUUCUUUGUGUGUCCAAAGAAGUAGGUUUAAAAUUCAUGUGGUCGUAUUCUGGGGCUAUUUACGGAAUGAAAUGUCUGAAAAUGGAGGCAGAAGGACCGUUUGGUUGGGAAGAUAAUUAUCUUUGUGCAGGUACAGUAAUACAAAUUUGUAUUGCACACCUUAUCUGACAUAUAUGGCUAUUGUGGCAUUGACCUUUAGGAAGUGAAUGUAGCUUCAAUAUGUUAAACGGUAGUCUAAAAUUUCGUAGAAUAGUGGUGGAUUGUAUCUUGUUAUGGCCUGAAACCGGCGAUGAGUCUCAAAAUAUUGAGUAAAAUUACUCAAAUUUAAGAGCAAAUUUUCUCAUCAGUUUUGGAGCAAGGUAAUCUUCACUCAAAAAAUUGAGUAAAUUUUCUCACUGAUAAAUUUAAUUGAGUAAUUCUGUUCACAAUUUUAAGUCACUGUGGGUGCAUGCACUUAGCUUACUCCUCUUUUUUAAGUCAAAAUACUUAGAAAUUUAUUGCAGUGGCAUUGACGCUCAUCGUUUCUCUCAUUCCGUUUUCAAAUGUAGAUCGCACAGAGAAAAACCAAACAAUGGUGAGGAUAUAUUAAUGUAGAAUUUAGAUAUGGACUAACAUUUUUCCAAAUAGAAACAGUACUGUUAACAGCACCUUACAAAGUACCGGUUAUGUCAUAUUGAGAGUGUCAUGAUGUACAAUAAUAAAUACGUACAUGCAUCAGUGGAAGUCAUUUGACAGGAAAGAGUUGAUGAGUAUAAUAAUAAAGACUAAUAAGGAGAUUUCGACCUAUACAUCAUGGUAGCCUGACAACACACUUUCAAAACUCCAGUGUUGCUAUCAAAUUAGUAAUUUGGGGGAAAUAAAAGCUUGCAUUCACAUGCAAUAUACUAAAUAAUAAAUAAAUAGUUUUUUACUGCCCAGAGAUAGAGGAACUAAAUAUCGCAACAGGAAGCGAUUGACCUUCCUUGCCACGGUACCGGUCAAAUGAUCGUACGUACCUUUCUCCCCCCCCCCCCUCCAGUCCCCCUCCUGACCGCAUCAUUUUAUCCGGAGGUUACCUUUUUAUAAGUAAACUUGUAUUAAUGACUACUAUACACACCCAAUGUUUCUAAAUAGUUCCUUUCUCCAAUUCCUAGGUAUCGAUGCUGUGUCCACAUAGAACAGUCCCACGCACUAAUAACCCUACCAUAGCCACACACACUCAACAAAGAUACAUACAUACAGACAGCUUACCUCAUUCAUCAAAAUACCUUCCAUCCCAGUCAACUAGCGCCAGUUCUAGAUCAAAACGAGACCCUAACAAGAAAGAGAAAGACCAUAAUGAGUUAAUACCGUUGUAUAUUUUCGUGACUUUGGCUUCUAUUUUAUGCGCUUUGACGUUUGGUGUGGUGGCUGUGCUGUAUUUUAAAAGGAAAGUAAUGUCGAAGCGAAUUUUGAAUCCACAAGCACGAAUUACUAGUAAGUGCUUGUCUUUCAUAUUAUUAUAAACUAGAAGGGCACUCGGAGAAUGCAUCCUCCGCCAGCGAAUCAGGUUAUGUAUCAUGCAUAAAUUAUACAAUGGGCUAAUUAGGUAUUCAGUUUACUUUACCCAGCAAAGCAAGACAAAUUUAGGCAAUUCCAGCUUUUAGUUUAUGCGCGCAGAGGGGGAUGGGAAGAAAGGUAUUAUAUUGCUGAUUAUGCUGAAAAAAUAAAAAUGGCCGGUGACCCUGUAAACACGGAGUGAUACUGUAAAUAUUGAAAUAUCUUGGUUGUUUCGGCAGUUUUCAUUGAAAUUUUUCAGCAUAAUCAGCCAUAUGAUACCUUACUUCCCGUUACCACCUGCGCGCAUAAAUUAAAAGCUGGAAUUGCCUGUUUCUCAUGCAAUUUUCAUCCAAAUUUAACCAAAAUUUAAUAAAUUUGUUCUUGGACAAUGCCUAUUAGUCCCACAAAUUUUCGUGUUAAUACGUUCGAUAUUUCUUAAGUUAUUGUGCUGACAGACAACACACACACAGUAACACAUACAUACGCGGAUAAAAAUAUGACCUCCUGGCGAAGGUAAUAACUAAAUAUUAGAAUGCUUGUGAUGUUACUAUAUUAGAAUGCUUGUGAUGUUACCGAAAAAUAUGCCUGGCCACGGUGGGAAUCGAACCUACGACCUUUGGAAUAUUAGCCCAAUGCUCUGCCAACUGAGCUACGCGGUCAAGUCGGUUCGAGUAAGUGAUUUAUCACAAGCAUCAUAUUCACCUGAGUACAUCAUAUCAACACAGAAAAAAAAAUCAUGAUUACUAGAUUACAUUGAUAUCGGAGGAACUAGAUUCUGUUCCGAAAUAUCACUUACUCGAACCGACCUGACGGUCGGUUUGAGUAAGGUCGUAGGUUCGAUUCCCACCGUGGCCAGGCCCGGUGUGGAUAUACAUUCAGAGUAACAUCACAAGCAUCAUAUUCACUUGAGUACAUCACAUCACAUCACAUCACAUCACAUCACAUCACAUCACAUCACAUCAACACAGAAAAAAAUCAUAAAUAUUAGAAUGUUCUCCCUGAGUAAAUAACUGGAGGCAUAUGCAUAUUUGGCCAAUGCUUAGUUACCCUAGUUCUAUUCUAGUAUACGAUUUUGUAAACCGGCAGAACUAUAUAGCAACUAGGCAUGAUUUCCCCCAAGUGAUGAAUUGCUAGGCAACGUUGUAUACAUGUGUAAACCAAAUUAUAUUUUUAGUCUAUUGAGACUUUUAACAAAUUCUUUUAAUUUUAGAUUUUGACAACCCUAUCUGGCAGAUGGAUAAGAAGACGUCGAGUAGAAAAAUAGACACCAGACGGAAAAGCCGAAAGGAAAGACUUCCCUCUUUACCAGCCUUGACAAGUGAAACGUAUCCACUACAAACCCCAAAUACCACACUAGAAUCCGUUGAUGACCCAUCGCAAACACAAAAUACGCCGCCUGAAAACCAUUAUAUUACACCAGACGCCGAAAAUACUAGCCUAGCCCCACUAACGUUGGCAGCAAUAGCUGAUGGACGAAGCAAGACACUGGAAAUGGGAAGUGGAGUCUACGCCGAGAUACCACUGGACUCGAAUUUCAAUCCAUUCAACACACACGAUUUAGAAAAUAGUGGCACGAAUAGAGUUUAUAGUAAUAAUAACAAUCCAUUGGGCAAUCCAACAUAUGAAAGUAUUGACAGCUGUUUAAAUCCCGAGUCUCUAUACCUUGAAGUAUUGCCUUAGUAGAAGCUCGAUAAAAUAUUGAAAUUGCCUUUUGUUGAGGUCUUAGAAAGUAGACUAUUGAUACCUUUUCAUGUUUUCUUGGUUCGACC